GGGUAAGAGAAACAAUAUGGGUUGCUGUUUCUCUUGCAGCUCACCACCUCCAUUGGAAACCAUUAGAGUUGUACACUUAAAUGGCUAUGUGGAGGACUUUGGGUAUCCGGUUACCGCCAGCGAAGUAACCGGAAACCCCAAGAGGCAUUUUGUUUGCACACGGGCUCAACUUGCAUCCGGUGGGCCUAGUCCACUCAAACCUUGUACGACGCUUGAACCGGGCCAUGUUUACUUCUUGAUACCAUACUCCACGAUUCAGUCCGAUGUCUCUCCAAUGGACUUGGCCGCUAUUGCAAGAAAGCUCAACAAGAUUGCCAAAACUAGCCAGUCCCAAGCUAGUAAGUCACCAUUGAGGAAUUCCAAGUCGGGGUCGAGCCCGGUUUGGACUUCACCGGCCAGAAGUCCAAACCGGUUUUCCGGGUCACCCGCUAGGGCAGAGCCCGAAUGUGGUUUGACUGCGUAUGGUCUGCAGACGUCGCCCAAGGCGCGGUCAUGGAAACCAGUUUUGGACACCAUUAGAGAGAAGUCGUUUGGCCGGAGAAGCGAGUCGGAUUUACGAGAAAAGCAUUUGGAGUUGGAGAUUUCGAAAUAGAAGGAGAGUGAGGUAGAUAAUAUUUAUACUUAAGUGAUCUACAGUAUAUCUGUUUGUACAAUUUGAUGAAUAUACUUUGAGGGGGCAAAUGGUCAAUUAUUAAGCAUAUACUUAAUAAUUCCGAGAUUGGAUAAGUGGAUUAAUAAGAAGUAUAUAUCCUUAGUGUAUCCCAUGAAUGGUAUUGAGAUUAAUGUUGUACAUUCUUCUAUUCGAUCUC